AUUUGGCAUCUGGGUGAGUCACGUUUGCUGAUUAGUCUCGUCACACUUGGCAGUUUUUCCACAGGCAAAUUGGAAUCGUCGGACUUAUGGGACCCACCAUCUCUCUCGUUUUGUUUUUCUCAACUGGGGAAUAUUUUGCAUUUCGGGAAAUUCAGAUUUCCAAGUUAUGACAUUAUCCGAGUUGUCUCUGCUUUUGUGGCGUUCACGGCAAGGUUUUGGGAAGCCUUCAAACCUUGUGCUUUGCGAAAGGUCUAAAGCAUAACGUGGUCCGUGUUUCUUCCGUCUCUCAUUUCCCUCCGGAUAUUCUAGCUCUCUCGUCGUUUCUGGGGUCUUCUGGUAAGAUUUGAAGCUUCUCUAGUCAUCCGGAUAAGUUUCUCUUUCUUAUCAAGUUUUCGAAUCUUUUAUUUCUUGUUCUGGUAAAAGCAGAGGGGGAUCUUUGGUUUGUUUGUGGAUCUCUCUCCGUUUUUCUUUGAAUUUGAGCUGGGAUCUGUAUAAGCCAAGGGCAACUUCUCAUAGGCAGUGUGUAAAUCUCUGACUUUCAACCAUUGUCGAUCAGAGGGCAACCUUAUCAACCAAUUUCAAGAGGGGGACUUUGAGGUUAUUUUCAUAAACCUGCAACCAGAAAUUUAAGAUUUUGUUCUUCAACUUGAGUAUAGGGUUCUGCUCUAUCAAGCUGCUCAGCUUGGCUUCAUAUUCUUAUACCGUUUUAUUGUUGAGUUGAUCAAAUUGUUGACUUGGGUGUAUUGUAUCAAGCUGACAGGGUUAUUUGAAGUUAUUAACCUGUAGUCUUCGCGUAUAAGGUCUUCUCUAUUGAUUUACAUUGAUUAUCUGUUGGGUGCACGUAGUUUAUUUAGAAAAGUAGCCAUUGGCUUUUUCUUGUUUUAGUUUCCUUGCUGUGUGAUUUCGGGGUUCAAAAUGGGGAAGAAAAAGGAACAAGUGGGAGAUAAAUCAAGCGAGGAUGGUGGGAGUCAAAGCAAAGUUGGAGAUAGUAGCCCCAAAGCAUAUGACAAGGAUACUAUGGUGUUCAUAUCCAUGGCUCAAGAUUUAAAGGAUGAGGGGAACAAGCUAUUCCAAAAGAGGGACCAUGAAGGGGCCUUGAUAAAAUAUGAGAAAGCUCUCAAGUUGCUUCCAAAGAAUCAUAUAGAUGUGUCGUAUCUACGGAGUAACAUGGCAGCAUGCUACAUGCAGAUGGGACUUGGUGAGUACUCCAGGGCAAUUGAUGAAUGCAAUUUAGCCCUUGAGGCUACACCAAAAUACAGUAAGGCACUGUUGAAGAGGGCAAGGUGCUAUGAAGGUUUAAAUAGACCGGAUUUAGCUUUGACAGAUGUUAGUACCGUUUUGAAGAUGGAACCAAAUAAUAUCAUGGCAUUGGAGAUCUCUGAAAGGGUUAAACAAACACUUGAGGAGAAAGGAUUGAGAGUGAAUGAUACAGUGAUCGAGUUGCCUCCAGAUUAUGUUGAACCUUCUUAUGCUUUAAUUCCAGAAAAAGUGGUGAAAGAGAAGAUACGCAAAAAGAAGAGCAACAAAGUUGAGGUGAAUGCUGUGGAUAAUAAAACUGUAGUAAAACAAGCUGAGGAGAAAUUGGAAGAGAAGAAGGUUGAGGACAAUAUUGAGAAGGCUGGGAGGAAAUCUAAAAGGAAGGCGAAGGAAAAAAUUGAUGAGAAGAAGGCCGAUGUUAAGGAGGUUGUGGAGGAAACAAUUAAUGGUAGAAGAGAUGAUAUGCUGAAGAAAACAGCAAAACUUGUUUUUGGUGAGGACAUAAGAUGGGCUGAGUUGCCAAUUAAUUGCAGCCUUUUGCAGCUAAGAGAAGUUAUCUGUGACCGCUUCCCAAGCCUAGGAGCAGUUCUUGUCAAGUAUAGAGACCAAGAAGGUGAUUUGGUCACAAUCACUUCUGAUUCUGAAUUAAGAUGGGCUGAAACUUCAGCAGGAUCACAAGGUUCAAUCCGGCUAUACAUUGUAGAAGCUACUCCUGAGCAGGAUCCAUUCUUCGAGAAAAUUAAUAAAAUGGAGGUGCAAAAGCCUCCUGUUAGUAAAGCACCUGAGAAUCGUUGUGUUUUGAAAGAAAACGAAGUGAUAAACUCAUCUUGCAUCGAGGAUUGGACAAUCCGGUUUGCCCAGCUAUUCAAGAACCAUGUUGGAUUCGAAUCUGACAGAUAUUUGAAUUUUCAUGAACUUGGGAUGAAGCUCUAUUCUGAGGCUAUGGAGGAGACUGUUACAAGUGAAGAAGCACAAGGUUUAUUUGACAUGGCAGGAGAUAAGUUCCAAGAGAUGACAGCGCUAGCACUGUUCAGCUGGGGAAAUGUUCACAUGUCUAGGGCAAGGAAGAAAGUGUAUUUCACUGAAGAUUCUUCUAAGAAGCAUCUGUAUGAACAAAUCGAAAGUGCAUAUGACUGGGCACAGAAUGAAUAUAAAAAGGCAGCAGAAAAAUAUGAAGCUGCCAUUCAAAUAAAAUCAGAUUUUUAUGAAGGCUUUCUGGCGCUGGGGCAGCAACAAUUUGAGCGAGCAAAACUUUCUUGGUAUUAUAAUGGAAUCAGCAGUGGUGCUGAUUCAGCGACAUGGCCUUCUGCUCAUGUUCUUCAGCUUUACAGCAAUGCUGAAGAUAAUAUGGAAAAAGGAAUGCAAUUAUGGGAACAGUCAGAGGAGCAUCGCUUGAUUGAAGCCUCCAAAUCCAAGGAUAUCAAAUUACUUUUGCAUGAGAUGGGAUUGGAUGGCAUGUUGAAAAAUAUAUCGGCGGAUGAAAUUGCUGCACAGGCUGCAAAUAUGAGAUCUCAGAUAAAUCUGCUGUGGAGUACCAUGCUAUAUGAGCGUUCAAUUGUGGAAUUCAAAGUAGGGUUACCAGAAUGGCAUGAAUCUCUGGAAGUAGCUGUCAAGAAGUUUAAACUUGCUGGAGCUUCUCCAACAGAUAUGGCCGUGAUGUUGAAGAACCACUGUUCAAAUAAUAGUGCUGCAGAUGGUCUAGAGUUCAAAAUGGAUGAAAUAGUACAAGCAUGGAAUGGGAUGUAUGAAGCUAAAAAGUGGCAGCAUGGAGUUCCUUCCUUUCGCUUGGAAACCUUAUUUAGGAGGCGAGUUUCAAAACUUUAUCGUGCCUUGGAGCUUGUGUGAAUAGCUUCUUGUGCAACUUGAUGGAGAACAACAGAGCCAAUACUUCCUUAUAUUUCCCCUUCGCUUGUAAUGCCAUUUCUACAGCUAAAGAUAAUGUCAGUGACUACCUCAUCCCAAAAACAUGCAUAGCCGUCCAUUCAUCGUGCUGUUCUGAUUUGGGCAAGUGUACAGAAAAUUGAGUGCAAUUUGGUCCUUGAUCAGAAUGCACCUGGGUGGAGCAUACAUCGCAUAGGUUUUCACAAAACCAUUUUCCAUUAUUAGGUUCUGCGUGGAUUGAUUCAAAAAUGACUGCUGAUUAUCAUUAGGUUUGCAGAACCUAAUUUUCAUUACUUCCUGGAUUCUUCUAUUGUGAUUCACUUCUGAGUUGGAGAGUGGUAUUAGCUUCCUACAUUUGAUAACUAUGGCUAACAAUAGUUUGACCAUGUACAACUACUGAGAAACUGGGAAAUUCUAUGAUUAUCAUUGUACAUGGCUCAGUUUCAGCAGUUAGCAGAGGGACUAAUAAUCACAUGUUGCAUUUGUUUCAUGGACAUAUUAAUUAUAGCUUUGGACCUUCGUAUCUAAAGCACUUUGAAAUUGCUUCGAGUCCAUGCCAUUCAAUACUGUGCUCAGCAACCUUUAGUUAUUUUCGUGAUUGUUUACAUAUACAUUUUUGUUCCUGUAUUUUCUUUACUUUUUUUGCUCGUAAAAUAUACAAGACUGUAGCUUACCCUCUUUAAACACAACCUUGGCUCACCUG